CUUCUACUGCAGCCACUUUCUAGUCAUUUUAGACCCCAGAGCAGUGUGACGAUUUGAUGCAUAAGUUUCAACACGUUUUAUUAAUCUAUUCUUCUUGUGCUUCAUUUAAAAUAUUGGAAACUAUAAAAAGAUCAGCGUGUUAAUCCUCUGCCAGGAAACAGGGGGAAAAAAAGUUAAAAACCUAACAACAACACGAAGAAAGCAAGAGCGCUGGAAUCUCAGCUUUGAGGAAACACAUGGGAUGAAAGCAUCCGCCCAAGCUCUAACCAUUUGUCACAUGGGACACUUCCCCUCGGGGUGAAUCCUGGAUGUCCCCAGGAUGGAGCGAGGAGGUCGUGCGUGCGGGCGAGUGUGUGACUGCAGGGGGCCUUGGCGGCGCGAGGAGGCGACACCGCCCCCUCCCUCAGGCGCAGGGAGGGUCUUCCAGGAAGCGGCGGACCUCGGCUGACUCCGCGGCUGCGGGUCCCGGGCUGCGGCCGCCGAGGCCGGCACGUAGCGCCGAGCGUGACUCAGCGCUGACUCAUCGGACUCGCUGCCAGUGGAUUUCCCCAGUCAGCUGCUCGCGCUCCUCCUGUCGCCGGGAGCUCGCAGGACUUCGCAGAUACCGCUGCCUCCUUAGUCUUUCCUGCACAGCAGAGCAGUCCUGUCGCUUUAAACAGAGCUAGCCAGCUUUCACUGCUUUUGAAUCCCUACCGAGCGGGGCACUGCCGUGCUCUGUUUUCUUUGCCUGUAAGAGUGCAAUAGUCCACUAAUCAAACUCUUUCAUCAAAAGCGUGUUGGGACAAAUCCCUGACAUCGUCCUUCCACUGUGACUUCGAGGUGACCUCCACCCAGGUUUCACUUCCGUUGUGCCCAGCUCUCGUCUUAUUUUUGUCCCUCAUUUUGUGAAUUUAUCCUCUCACCACGCUUGAUAACACGUUGGCGCAAACCCACAAUUGUGGUGACGCAAAUCAGGUUGAAACUUGGCAUCGUCGUGUGCAGGCAGUGAGGGACUUACUGUAAAAACUGGGGCCUUCAUAAAGGCGUUCUUAU